AACAAUAAGCAGGACUGCAGGAUUUCUAUUACUUCAGUUUUCAAUUCAAGAAAUGGUAGAUUUCUUUUAAAAUCUCCCACUACCAAAAGAUCAACAGAUGCUGAGAUUUUCUGGUUUCGAUAAGAAGGAAAACACACACCCAGACACCCAGGGCAGUGGCUCACACCUGUAAUGCUGGCCACAGGAGGCUGAGCUGGGUGCUGAGGCUGAGGAUCACUGGAGGCCAGGAGUUUGAGACCAGCCUGGGAAACAUAGCGAGACCACAUCUCUUUAAAAAAAGGAAAAAAGAAAAAGAAACGAAAGGAAGAAAGGAAGCACUCAAUGAAGUGGGAAUACUAGAAAUACUCUAUGAGCGUUAACAGGACAAAAGUAGGAGACAUUUCUCAUUGGAAUUAUUUAUUCUUUGUUAUAUGUGGCAGGGGGAGAAUCUAGAUUCUAUUAAUAUUCCAGUGGCCAAAAAGAUGCACAUUUAGUCAUAUUUAAUUUUGGCCUUUGAGGCUAUGAUUUAGUUUUACUUCACCUGGCACCAUUUUUAUAUAUAAAAAAUAUCCUUGGGGCAUCUUUCCACCUACAGACUGGACGCUGUUAAAAAUCACCCAAUUGUGAAAAACAACAAUUAGGAUGCAAGUAAAUUUUAUUAUAGACUGGCAUAGUCAAGACUGAAAUGACCCAGUGAAUACUAUAAAAGGCCAAGGGAGCUAACAAGUGUGGAAGGUGAACCCUGGCUUUGCUCCUCUUUCUGGGAAGGGGUUGCCCGGCUGUGCUGCCACCAUGUCUUUUCGACUUUCUGGUGGAUCCAGGAGGAUCUGCUCGCGAACUGGGUCUGGUAGGCUGUCCGGUGGAGGAACAGGCUUCAUGGCUGGGAAUGUGUGUGUUGGAUCGGGAGCAGGAAGCAGCUUUUCUUGUACUCUUGGGGGCAUCUCUUCUGGAGGAAGCUUCUGCAAUAGCGGUGGAGGGUUGGGAAGUGGUGCCUGUGCUGGUUUUCUUGGCAAUGAGCACAGCCUCCUCUCUGGGAAUGAAAAGGUGACCAUGCAGAAUCUCAACGACCGCCUGGCAUCCUACCUGGACCAUGUGCAUGCUCUAGAGGAGGCCAACGCAGACCUGGAGCAGAAGAUCAAGGGCUGGUACGAGAAAUGUGAGCCUGGCUCUUCCCGGGAACACGAUCAUGACUAUAGCAGAUACUUCUCAGUCAUAGAAGAUCUUAAAAGGCAGAUUAUUUCUGCUACCAUCUGCAAUGCCAGCAUUGUUCUACAAAAUGACAAUGCCAGACUGACCGCUGAUGACUUCAGGCUGAAGUAUGAAAAUGAGCUGGCUCUGCACCACAGUGUUGAGGCCGACACCAGUGGUCUUCGCAGAGUGUUGGAUGAACUGACCCUUUGUACAACCGACCUGGAGAUACAGUGUGAAACCCUCAGUGAGGAAUUGACCUACCUCAAAAAAAGUCAUGAGGAGGAAAUGGAAGUCUUGCAAUAUACAGCUGGGGGGAACGUGAACGUGGAGAUGAAUGCAACCCCAGGAGUGGACCUAACUGUCCUGUUGAACAACAUGAGGGCUGAGUAUGAGGACUUGGCUGAGCAGAACCGCAAAGAUGCUGAAGCCUGGUUCAAUGAGAGGAGUGCAACGCUGCAACAACAGAUUUCCGAUCAUGAGGGAGCAGCCACAGCAGCCAGAAAUGAGCUGACCGAAAUAAAACGCAAUCUGCAAACCCUGGAAAUAGAACUUCAGUCCCUCAUGGCUGUGAAACAUUCCUAUGAAUGCUCCUUGGCUGAGACUGAAGGAAAUUACUGCAAUCAACUCCAGCAAAUUCAGGAUCAGAUAGGGGUGAUGGAGGAACAACUGCAACAGAUUCGAACAGAAACAGAAGGCCAGAAGCUGGAGUAUGAACAGCUUCUUGAUGUAAAAAUAUUUUUAGAAAAAGAAAUUGAAAUUUAUUGCAACUUACUAGAUGGAGAAGAAAGAAAAAGCAAAUCCACAUGUUACAAAUCAAAAGGAUACAGGCCUGUGAAUUCUGGAAAUCAAGCCAAAGACUCAACAGAAGAAACUAUUGUUAAAACAGUGGUUGAGGAACUGGAUCAAAUUGGCAAUCUCCUUUCACUGAGAGUCCACUCGGUUGAAGAAAAGUCUUCUAAAAUAAGCAACAUUACAGUAGAGCAACGAGUACCUUCUAAAGCACCAUAAUGAGGAAAAAGUUAUUUGGAAAGAAAGAAAGAAAGAGAGAGAGAGAGAAAGAAAGAAAGGCUGCCUUUGCAAAAAUCCUACUGGUCAAAUAACCUAAGGAAAUUAUUCAUUUCUGUUCUUAAAAGGGCUAGAAUUUGUUCUCCUUCUCUUCCUUUUCUCAUGUUCUAUGCAUGUAAUCUUUUUCCAGAGUAGAAAAAUCCUGCUCUGUCCCUAAUUUUUGUUUUUAUUUUGGGGGCCUUUUUUGACAUUUCAUUAAAAAUUCUUCUAUUGCAA